CAUAGUAGUAGGAAGAGGAAGCACCUAGGUUUGAGGCCAGGGCUGGCUGCUGUCAGAACCUAGGCCCUCCCCUGCCUUGCUCCACAUCUGGUCAGGGGAGAGAGGGGAGGAAAGCCAAGGGAAGGGACCUAACUGAAAACAAAGAAGCUGGGAGAAGCAGGAAUCCGCGCUCGGGUUCUGCAGAUGCAGAGGUUGAGGUGGCUGCAGGACUGGAAGUCAUCGGGCAGAGGUCUCACAGCAGCCAAGGAAUCUGGGGCCCGCUCCUCCCCGCUGCAGGCCAUGAGGAUUCUGCAGUUAAUCAUGCUUGCUCUGGUGACAGGGCUCGUAGGGGGAGAGACCAGGAUCAUCAAGGGGUUCGAGUGCAAGCCUCACUCCCAGCCCUGGCAGGCAGCCCUGUUCGAGAAGACGCGGCUGCUCUGUGGGGCGACCCUCAUCGCCCCCAAAUGGCUCCUGACAGCAGCCCACUGCCGCAAGCCCCGCUACAUAGUUCACCUGGGAGAGCACAACCUCCAGAAGGAGGAGGGCUGUGAGCAGACCCGGACAGCCACUGAGUCCUUCCCCCACCCCGGCUUCAACAACAGCCUCCCCAACAAAGACCACCGCAAUGACAUCAUGCUGGUGAAGAUGGCAUCGCCCGUCUCCAUCACCUGGGCUGUGCGACCCCUCACCCUCUCCUCACGCUGUGUCACUGCUGGCACCAGCUGCCUCAUUUCCGGCUGGGGCAGCACGUCCAGCCCCCAGUUACGCCUGCCUCACACCUUGCGAUGUGCCAACAUCACCAUCAUCGAGCACCAGAAGUGUGAGAACGCCUACCCCGGCAACAUCACAGACACCAUGGUGUGCGCCAGCGUGCAGAAAGGGGACAAGGACUCCUGCCAGGGUGACUCCGGGGGCCCUCUGGUCUGUAACGAGUCUCUUCAAGGCAUUAUCUCCUGGGGCCAGGAUCCGUGUGCAAUCACCCGAAAGCCUGGUGUCUACACGAAAGUCUGCAAAUACGUGGACUGGAUCCAGGAGACGAUGAAGAACAAUUAGACUGGACCCACCCACCACAGCCCAACACCCUCCAUUUCCACUUGGUGUUUGGUUCCUGUUUACUCUGUUAAUAAGAAACCCUAAACCAAGACCCUCUACACACAUUCUUUGGGCCUCCUGGACUACAGGAGAUGCUGUCACUUAAUAAUCAACCUGGGGUUUGAAAUCAGUGUGACCUGGAUUCAAAUUCUGCCUUGAACUAUUGCGACUCUGGGAAUGAUAACACCUGAUUUGUUCUCUGUUGUAUCCCCAGCCCCAAAGACAGCUCCUGGCCAUAUACCAAGGUUUCAAUAAAUAUUGGCUAAAUGA